GCCACGCGGUGUACCAAAUAUUAUUCUGGCUCUGGAUGCUGCUUUACAGCGGCUCCAGGGUCAGCUGCCUGCAAAUGAGUAAUUGCAACAAAACAGAGGUGACGAUGAUCCGGGGAAUGGAGCUCCUGACAUCACUGACUCUCAGCAACUGCAGCCUGCCGCACCUUGAGAACGCUUUCUUCAUGCGAUUCGGCCACCUCCUGCACCUGGAGCUGCAACAUAGUGGUCUGAGUAGCUUGGAGGACUUCUCCCUGCAUAGUCUGCCGCGGCUGCAGUCCCUCUCGUUCGCCCACAACAGCCUGAGCAAACUGAGAUCGUGGUCCAGCGAGCCCUUGGAAGCACUUGUAUCCCUGGAUCUCAGUCACAACAGGCUGUCCAGCCUGGACGCCCACAGCUUCGUGCUCUACCCCCAACUGCAGAUGCUCGACUUGGGCUCCAAUCAGAUCAAUCAGAUCGCAGAUGACACCUUCUAUGGCCUCUCGCACUUGAAGCAUCUCCAGCUCAAUGGAAAUCGAAUGAUGCUCAUCGAUGGCAGCCAGUUUCACGGCCUGCAUCGUCUUUCUAGUCUGAUGCUUCAACAUAAUCUGAUCGAAGGCGUAGAUCCAGGCGCCUUUGAGAGCAAUACACAUCUACGAAGUCUCCGUCUGGACGGGAAUUUAUUAAACUGUCUUCAGUUCCUCACCCAAAGCGGUCUUGCUCGGUUGGUUCAUCUGAAUCUAGCGAACAACCUACUGAGGAAGCUGGAGCCGCAGGGAUUUGUGACAAACGUUGAGCUCCAGGACCUGGACUUGAGUCGCAACAAUUUUACUGAACUAACGAAGGAAAGCUUAGUGGGAUUGGAUUCCUUAGAGCGACUCAACAUCAGCCACAAUAUUCUCUCCCAUAUCGAGGAUGGCAGUCUGGAAUCGCUUGCCAGCCUGCUCCAAGUCGACGCCAGCUUUAAUCAACUGACAUCCGUAUCGGAAAGUUUGUUCCAUGCCAACACCCAACUGGAGGAGAUAAUUCUCUCCCACAAUCGAAUCAGAGAUAUAUCGCCCAAGCUGAUGCAAUAUCAGACGCAUUUGAGGCAUCUAAAACUGGACGGAAAUGCUCUUAUCGAAGCCUCUUUUCUUCAAAGACUGCCGCCAGCCCUAAACCGUCUGUCCCUGAUUGUGGAUCUCAGCUCGAAUCGCCUUCAAUCGGUCAAUUUGAACAGUCUGCUUCAUUUCGGGCACAUCAAUCUGGCGGAUAACCACUGGAGUUGUGCCUGGUUGGUGAAGAAUUUGCUACUUAGAGCUCCUCCUUCCCUCAACUUUGCUCGGAACUGGAGCCUCUUGAGCGAUUGGAGCGAGGACUUGACUAAGGUUCAGGGCAUAGACUGUAUCGAGGACGCACGCAACCGUUCGAUUGUACUCCUGAGUAUCGGCGAGGUUAUCCAUAGCAAAGUUCAGUGUGCGAAAUCGUUUGACGAGCUAAAUCCAGCGCCACCGCCACUGACAUGGCCCAAGAUUCCCACAGACCGCUUUGACUCGCGAUCGGUGAUCAUUUGGAUGCUGGUGGCCAUAGCAAUCACCUUUGCCUGUCUGCGUUGGCUUAGGCGCUUUGUGGAUCGCAAGGAGCAGAGUAAACGGAAACUGAAGGCCAUCAAUGAAGUGUACAUUAGCAAAAUGGAAUCGCAGCCCAUCAGACAUGAUCGCGAGAGAUCAUAGUCCACAGUCCGUAGCAACAACUUCAAUUCAACAAAGCCAAUAUAUAAUAUAAAUAUUAGUGUCUAGAAGACACAGUCUACACAACUACA